AUGCAAAGACAAAGAUUAUCUCGGGAAUUAACAAAAAUAACAACCUAUCCCCCUCCAGGAAUUUGUCUUUUUGCAAAAGAUGAUACAAUGAAUAAUUUAGAAGCUAAAAUAACUGGUCCUCAAGACAGUCCCUACAAAAAUGGUGUCUUCACUCUAGAUAUUAUGAUACCCGAUAAAUAUCCAUUUACACCUCCCUCCAUGAAAUUUAUUACAAAAAUAUAUCACCCCAACAUAGAUGAAAAUGGAAGAAUUUGUUUGGAUUUGAUUAAAAUGCCACCAGUGGGAAGUUGGAAACCAACAAUAGGGCUAGAAGGACUACUAACUGCUGUUAGAAUGUUACUUGAAUUCCCCAAUCCAGAUGAUCCACUAGUGGCUGAGAUUGCAGAGGAAUUUAAAAGUCAAUAUCAACAAUUUGUUAACAAAGCAAAAAUGUAUACUGAAAAAUAUGCUCACUAGAUUUAAUUAAUUAUUACAAGAUAUUGUAUGGUUGUUCUUGAAAAAAACAUUAAUUGUUAAUAUAUUCAUUUUUUGUAUCUGAAA